AUGCAAAUGGAAUCAUGGCGGCAACGAGGUUUUGUCCCCGACUCGGACUCGGACGAAGAAGAUGGAUUCGAUUCGAUUGAGGCCAAGAAGACAACUCUUGACAAUGAAUCUGAUGGUCCCGAUCUCGACUAUAUUUCCAUCCCAAUCCCUGCAUCAACGCCGAACCUGAAGGAAGGGACGAACGGUUCAUCGCAAGAGCCACAUGAGCGGUGUGGUGCCGAGGAUGGAUCAAUCACUCUUUCGGAUGUCGAGGACCAGGCUCGUCGAAGACCGCUUGAGGAAGAACUUGGAUUACAGCGGGCUACGGCGUCAAAAACCGAGGAUGAGCAGAGAACGAUGCACACAAAGUCCAAGGGAGGGGCUGAAGACAAUGGGAAAUCCUUUGACGAGUUCACGCCAGCUCGCCGACGAGGAUACAAGACCUACGGGGCCCGGUCUACAGCUACGAAAUCCAGGGAUCGUCCCAGCAACGAGCUGCGCAAGACCCCAGCAAAGGACACAGACACCAUAUAUGACUUUCCGGAGUCCUCCCAGGAACAAGAGGAAGCCUACUCGAAGCCUGAAAGCCAGGAGUCAACCCCUAAAGCUUCAAAGCCCAGAAGGCAGUCACUCACUCGAACUGUAAUCGAGCCUCGGAUUCCAAGGGCUAAUAUUCGCGUUGAGAUCCCGAGAUCAGUAAGCUCCUCGCCAGAUGAGCUGAGUUUGAUUCCUCUGCCUACCCGAAAGAAGACCCCUGUGGUAAAUCGUGUCAAACCGAAAGUGGUAUCACCCCAACCGGCACCCCUAGCACCGCUGCAAGCGAACUCAGACGAUGACUCCCCAUUAUCUUCUGUACCGUCGUCGCUUGGCUCAGACUCCGGCCACGAUUCCACGGAGACAGUAAAUGUGUCUGAUGGUAAACAGAACGGGGACGUACAGCCACAGACAACAAUGAUCUCCGAGCUACAAGAUUCUCUAGAUGAUCUGUUGCCCCAUCUAGAUAUCCCGGAAGACAUUUUGCGAAAAAUUCCCCAAGCAGAACAAAGAACGUUCCGAAAGCGCAAUGCCAUACAGCUGCAGCCAUACUACCUGGAACAAUUGAAAUAUGCACAGCAAAUGAAAGCGCGAGGCGUAAAACCAAUUCGUCAAGCUGCUCCUCCGCAGGCACAGCAAAUCACCGAUGAGAGCCAGGGGCAGGAUUCAUUUGACCCAAACGUUCCGCCCUCAAGCCCUCCACAAGAGGAAUAUCUUCCACCAGUCAGACCAGAAAGGCCACGAAACUCUGUCAGACAAAACCAGGGACAUCAUGACCCUGAAACACCCCGGGACCGGGAAGCGCAUAUGGCGAAACGAAGGAAAACCUCACACUCUGGCACACCUCGUGUACGCCGGGAUCGUUUGCACAACCCGUCUAAACCUCGCGGAAUCAGAGAUGCAGGACCCAGGAACCAACCUGAACAUAUUGUUUAUGAUCUUUCAUCUAGCCCGCCACACUCAGGCCGUCUAUCUUCCGCAUCGAAAACACCACGUGCAUCAGUCGGAUUUCGCUUUCCUCGCGGAUGGACGCCACCAUCCGGGGUCAAAAACCCCAAGGCCCAAGAAGAAGGUCUUGACAAGGACGAGCGAGCUGAGCCGGGAUCUGACCACGAUGAGGAGAUACAAUCUGUCUCCUCUAAUAGUCAACCAAGUGACAGCGAACAGAACCAGGCGGAGGCAGAAGAACGCGCAAUUCGACGAGAGCAACGGCGGAUGCGUGGAGUCCUUCCUGCUUCAUGGUUUAGGCUCGAUCAAAAAGCCAAGGAAGAUAAAGCAAAGCCUUCGCAACACGAUCGAAAUUUUGGGCACCGCCCAGAUGGGAAAGGCGUUGCGCGGAAAUUGAUCCGGAGAGGUGACCGUUCGAAACCAGCAGCCACACAACAGUCAACCAGCCUCUUUGACCUUGGGGACUCAGAUGAUGAGGAUGACGACCCCAAUGACAACAAUACCGUGCUUACCACAGAUGAAUCCAACCAAAGAUUAGCUGGAAAAGCGCUCUCUGAAGAUCCCUUUGCGCUGGAAGCAGGUGACAUAUCGGAAGACAACCGCAUCGACUACAUGUUUGCAUCAGCCCCACGCAACUCUCCUGGAACGCAACAAAAUCGGAAGAGCCUAAAGAGACCGAAGCCGAAAGAAGGGGUGGCUCGUGAGGAAAGACAGCGAAAGAGGCCCAAGCAAACUCGGAUGACUGAUGCCUCAUACGGAGCACGAAGAACGAAGAAAUCUUCUACCGUUUCGCGGCCACGACUAGGCAUAUUGGAUGCACCAGAUGUUGCCACAAAAUCUCGCAAAGAGCAGCCACAGUUCCUCAGGGUUGCAGCAAGGAAUGCUCGCUCCCGCCGAGAUGGUGGCAGACAAAGCCCCUCUCAAAAGUUCUUGAAGCUGGCCUCGAAAGCUGAUACAAUAGAUGUAAAUGAGUCCUUGCGAGAUUGGAAGAGGGGAGCAAUUCGGCAGACUAGAAUCAGCCCACCGCAGCCUAGGGCUCGCAAGCGUCAGCAAGCUCCAAAGAAGCCGUCAGCUCCUGGAUAUCGUGCUGUAUCUACCGCUGGUCACGCCCGAAAUACUCGAAUUACCAGUCGCUUGCCCCCGGAGGAAGAUGAGGUUGUUCCACAUAUCUAUCCUGCCGAGGAGACAAACGCAUUGCCUGAAUCUGGGCCAAUAUCAGUCACAUCGAACCAAACAGCUGAACUAGAGUCUUCGUUUCGCCGUCAGCCAGUGCAGCCAGAGCAACGUGGACACACCUGGGUUAUUCCUAGAAAUACUGCAAUUACUUCUUUGAAGAGGAAUGUCCCUCGACCUGCCGUAACGAGCUCGGCAGCUCCUGGCGGGAGCAAGAAAUUGACAGCGGCUGCUUUCAAUCAGUCAUUAUCUCAGAUCAAUCGACAUUAUCGUCACCAACGCACUUCUCAAGGGAACAGACCUAGCCUGACUUUGGAUCGCUACAUCACUGACAGUGGACCCCCAACCGGAAGGUUCAAUCCAUCAUUCAAACCUCCAAUUGCACCUUCCUUUGAGCCAAAAGCCCAAGCGCAAACCCAGAGAGCGCUUGUUCAUCGACGACGACCGAAAAAACAUACUCCAAAUCGCAUAAAUCUUGACAAUGAUGAUUUCCGCCAGACCCAAGAUGCCGCUUUGUUUGUAUCUGAGGAUCAAGAAACUCCUAUCAUAACCCAAGUCGAAGAUUCACAACCUGCAUCUUUGAGUGCUGGUGGUCUUUUCAAUUGGCACCGCUUCUAUCCGGUUGACUUCGGUGUACCAUCCUUACGUGACAACACAUUCCUCCAUGAAUCAACCUUCCUAGGAAGCGGGGAAUUUUCGCGCUCGUUGCAGGUCACAAAGCGUGACUUGGACGGGGAUGCUGGUUCAUUCUCUAUUGUUGCUAGGGAUCAGACCUAUCAAUGGAGCAGCUGGAAUGACACAGUAUCAUCUGAAAUGGGCAAUGUCUUUGAUGUGAUAAUCGACAACAUUGAACGAAGUGCUACUACUUCUCCAGAAAUGGGUAUCACAGCUGCCCUAGGGGUAGCAUCGCGCCUAUACAGGCUGUUGAUCAAAUACCUCACGGAAAACCUCGUGUUCAUUGACCCCGUUGACCGAACCAGUUUUAUCACCAAAGCUACGGGGCUGGUCUCUGCGGUAAGAGAUCCCUUGGUAGCCUUUCUUUCCAGUGACGAAUACAACAAGAAUGGUCUCGUCAAGAUUGCUUGCUUCAACGUGGUUUUCUCGAACCUGAUCUACCAGAUUGCUUCUCACCAGCUUGUCAGUCCUGCUCUUGCCGUUGAAGCACAAGGCCUUGUUAGAGUUUCUGCCAGAGAUGUUGCGGGAUUGAUCAUAUCUGAUGUUGGUUCCGCCGAUUUCAAAAGAUUCUUGGAUGAAAACAACAACACCGAACGUCGCGAAUCAGGCCUUCGUGAUGAAAAUCCAUAUGUGGAGGCUUAUGUUGUGAUGAAACACUUGCUUCGCAGCUCAGAGCAAUACAGCGGCUGUUUUGAGGAUCUGCAAUUAGAGACCUUCAGCAGUAAAUUCAUUCGCAAUGAAAAGGAUGUGAACAAUCUAGAAGCUGGAUGGCGUGGCCUGUUUACAGUUCUGCCUUUUAACGAGAUAGAUCAGCUCGGCAUCGGGCAAAUCGGAUAUCAAUUCACACUUGUCCAUGACAACUGGAAAUUGGUCAAACGGCUUCUUUCUCCUGCGCUGAAUCUCUCUGAGGCGACCUCUAUGACCCAGCCUUUCUCAUACAACGGCUACUGUCGAAUCCUCUUUCACCGGUGUCACCGUCUCAUCAAUUCCUGGGGAUGGCGAGAAUGCAAACCAAUUCUGGACACGCUUUUCGACUUCUUCGCGAAAAACACUCUGUAUAACCUGAAACUUGAAGAAGCCCGUGGGUCACCCUCAUUUCUUGACGAACUCGAUGGCAACCCUUCUCUGGACGCCCGAGUUGGAGAACCGUGCUUCCACACAUUUCUCAAGAUAGUAGCAAGUGGUUUACGUUUCCUUGCGAAGAGAUAUGACAAGAAAAAGAUUCGAAACUUUGCCUGGCGUUUGUUACCAAAUCAUGGCCGCGUGUAUCCAAAAGAGCAACCGUUACGACACGAGGAUCUCGAUGCCCUUAGAAAUCACCAUGAUCUUCUCAGCACUCUGUACUGGGCUGUCCCUGAUGGCUGUCGUCCUAGACUGGAGACAAUCCGCAAUCUCGUUCACCCUGCCACCUCACAUCGAGAAGCGUGCAGUAUCAGUUUGCGCUCUUGGUGCCGACUCGUUCGCUUCAAACUUUCUACAGACGAGGAAGUCUCCGGUCUCGAUCCGUUCGGCGACUGGUAUGGCUAUUUCGUAUCAGAGCUACAACAACAGCAUGCAUACGCCCGCAAAGAGAUUGAGUCUCAAAGUACUGGCAACAACGGUGUCUCCCAGCAGCUCAUUGAGCGCACAAUCUCUCAGAAUCAACGGCAGAUCGAGACCCUGUUGAGCACAGCGCUUGUCGGGCUGCGCUCUGCCAUUGAGCAUGCACCCAGAUUGGAGCAUGCACAUCGGCUGCUUUUGAAGACACCGUUUGACUCGAUUAUUGGACUCUUCAACCCCAAGCUUUCACGGGUGAACGUUGUUGUAUCCGAGGCUUUGCAGGUGCUAGUGGUGUACACUCAGAAGGAUGCUCCCGCUGCAUCGGUAGCAGAGGCUCCGGCGGCAAUGAUAACUGAUGAGGAUAGUCAAGAAUUUGGGGAUUGGACUGAUAUCGAGGCUGUCUGGGAACAACAGACAGGGCAGCAGACUUCUCCAAGUGAAGCAGUGAAUCAUGUGGAGAGGACAUUACAUCCAAUUGUGUCUCAGCUCGUUUCUAAUUGCUUCGGCGAAGAUCACUGUCCGGAAGAUGCCAUUCUCCUCAGCGUAGUGAAUUGUUGGACUUCUAUCGCGCAGGUUCUCGUUCGCCAUAGACUUCGAAACUGGGACAACUAUUUGAGUGAAUUUGGCGACGAUUCCUGGUCACGGCUUCGACAGACGGUUCAAACGAGAAAGUUUGCUCCACAAUUUCUUGCAGCUUGUAUUGAGAAAGACUCGCAGAUUGUAUUUGAUUGCCGUAUUCAAGUUAUGGGCACAUGGAUGACAUCGCUGGUUGAGCGUUCCUCAAUGCUGAAGUUUCAACAUCGACUUACAGAGGCCCUGUUGAACGAAAGCCCCAAAGACCCUUUACUCAGGAAUCUUCCGUUUUCCAAGGACAAACAGGACCGGUACACAAUUACAUUGGAGGAGAUCGGUUCUCGCAGACUCUCUUUGAUUUCAAGUCUCUCAUCCAACAUGCGCGAGCAGCUUCAAAACAUGGAGUUCACCGGAGACCGGAACUUCUCAGCGACGAAACAAGAGUAUUCCGAGAUACUUCAGCGGGUGAUGACUUCUAUGAAAGACAACUAUCGAGAGCUAGGAAACGGGACAGCACACGCCGCCCAAGGAGCAUAUGUCGGCUUUGUGCAUAGCGUCAUUGGUUUCCUCCAACAACACACCAGCGAUAUCAAGCCUAUAGAUCCCUUCUUCACAGAUCCUGCCUCAUUCCCCUUACCAUCCAAUGACCCACGCUACAUCGUUGCCAAGCUGAAACGUUACGAACCAAAGCUAUCUUCCAGCUCGGAAAUCCAGACUCUGACUGGUUUCAUCCAAAGCAUUUCCGAACGCGCCGUCAUCGACGGCCAACAGGACUACUUGGUCAAUCAAAUCCACACAUCGAUGAAGAAAAACUACGAAGCUGGAAACCCAGAUAAGCCCACCCUCCGCGCCACACUCCUGCAGUGUGUAUUCCCAGCCUAUCUCGAAGAAGCACUUGGCAACCGUGCCGCGUGGCUACUCAGCCGUCCCAUCGCCCAAACAAUCACACUGGUGUUCGACGACUUGAUUUGCAGCCUGAACACCCUGGACCCAGCCUCUGUAUCAUCCGUCGUCGACAUGAUCACCGUUGUGUUCCAAGCAUCCAGCAAGGCAAUGUCCAGCCUGGAGAACCGCCGCCACCGCCUAUCAAAUCCGGCAACCCUAGCAAUGCUCGCCGUAUUCAUGGACAUGAUCUCCUCUGCUCUCCCAGUAGUAGACUACGUCAACAGGGCGACAGGCUCCGGAGAAGAAAUCUUCCCGCUCAUCAAAUGGUUCCGCGAUUUCACUAAGGCUGUGACCGCCCAUCUACACAACACGGAGUCAAGUGCAGGCUUACCAGCGAGUGAUACCCUCCUCGUGUUCCCAGACGCACCAGACACUUCGUGUGGCAAGGGAUCGGAUCUCUUCCGCCAAGCUCACUCUCUCACCUCCAAGGACCUUCAAAUCUAUCUCCGAAAAUGGUCUUGGCACCAGGGCAAGUAUUAUUUUACCCGUCCGGGACAUGAGUCUCAGGAAAUCGGAAUUGAUGCUGAUGUUGUUGCUUUGAUGAACAAUCAAUCGGAAGCAUUAAAGGCUUUCGAGGAGGCAGUGAGUGCAUUUGUACAUCGGGCUGAGGUUUUGGAGUUGCUGUUUUAA